UGUCAAUGCGACUUACAACUUCAUCAUUGACGCUUUCAUAAAAAACAUAGCAUAGAAUACUGCAGAGUACUACAUACGCAUUGAGACGAUCGCCAAGGAAACUUCCGAGUCCGACACGCGCGUCGACAAUCCUCUUUCUCCUCCGUCCCUCCAGCCUCGACUUUUCUCCGAACAAGACACGCAGACAUGAUUUGUGCUUAUUCUCGAUUUGCAUAACAAUCAGCUUAAUUCUACUUCUACCGCAUUCGCAGAAACCAAGCCAGCAUGCUCUUCUUCGGCGGCGGCCUCCAAAGCCCACGCCGUCGCAAUCGCGAAAAAUCAAUCCUCGUAACCAUCUUCAUCAUCUUCGCAAUCUACUUCCUCUUCUACGCCAGAUCCUCCAAUCGCAACCUCGCCGCCUACGAUGAAGAAGCCAUAUUGGAGGAAAUCCGCCGCUCCAGGCCCGCCGGCUCGAGCUCGUCGCACAACUCGAAACCACUCAUACGGAAGAAUAUGGUCGUCGCGAGUAUGAAGAAGGAUAAUACGAGUUGGCUGUUUGAGAAUUUUCCGGACUGGCAUAAGAGUGUUUAUGUGGUGGACGAUGAGGAUGCGGAGUUGACUGUGGGGGAGAAUAAGGGAAGGGAGUCGAUGGUUUAUUUGACAUAUAUCAUCGACAACUACGACCGCCUCCCCGAAUCCCUCCUCUUCAUCCACUCCCAGCAAUACCAAUGGCACAACGACGACCCCUACUACGACGGCGUCCGCAUGCUCCGCAACUUCCAAGUCCCUUACCUUCAGAAACAAGGCUACGUGAAUCUGCGCUGCGCCUGGGUUCUCGGGUGUCCUGUCGAAAUCCGUCCGUAUGCCGAUACCCACCGCGAAGACGUGCACGCGGGUGAAUACUUCAAAACAGGGUUUAUGGAGCUGUUUCCGGGUGUGGAGGUCCCGAAUGAAGUGGGAGUUUCGUGCUGUGCGCAGUUUGGAGUUACGAGGUGGAAGAUUCAUGAGCGGCCGAAGAGUGAUUAUGAGAGGUUUCGGAAGUGGUUGGUGGAGACGGAUUUGAAGGAUGAGUUGAGUGGGAGGAUUAUGGAAUAUUCGUGGCAUAUGAUUUUUGGAAAAGAGCCCAUUUACUGCCCGACGGCCGAAGAGUGCUACUGCAACGUCUUCGGGCUGUGCGAGCUUGACUGUCCGACUGUGGGAUCUUGUGACGAUCGUUAUGCUCUUCCGCCCUUCUCAUCGUUGCCAAAGGGAUGGCCGUAUGUUGGGUGGAAGGGUCAGGCGCAGGAUCCUAAUGAAAAGGGACUUCCUGAGGCAUGAUGGUCUAUUGGAUAGCUCUUAUCUUCGUGAUAUGACUUCAUGAUUCACGACGCAGAACGCGAGUCACUCCAUUGUGGUACCAAAAAGAACUUCCAUAUUCGAAUGGCUCCUGAGAAUAUGCCGCAUCUGACGCCUGACCACCGGCUGAACGGGACGGUGGCAUCCGGGCAAGGUCGAUGUAUGACGGACCACUCUCGCGAAAGCACUAUUUGUACCAGCAUCAGUUGGAGCCACGCCAAUCCAAACGCCCACGGGUACGGUUACUGAGAACCGGGAGAGGACAGGCCUGCAUACAUACAGACUUUGAUAUGAUAUCACUUAUGGUUUUAUGUCUACCGUCAGGUCCGAGAUACCAAUGUAAAAGAAUUCUUGACAUGUCAAUGAUAGCAUGCCCCUAAUCUUAAUCCUAAUUCUAUACAUUCAUUUGUCCAUUGCUCCUUUGUAUAUAUCGUAACAAUUUGAAUGUAUGGUUGAUAAUCGAG